AUGACUUCAUUCCUAACGACCGAGAGAUCAUCGCUCAAAGGGUUGGGAGGUAAUUUAAUGUCCAUCUCAUCCUCUCCGAUUAUUGGUGGACCACAGCUUGAGAGAGACCAAAAACAUUUUCCAUUUGCAAGAAGUACGGUCGACAUGAAAGAAGUGGAUCGGAAUCAUAAAGAUUUAGUCGUUCCCUCAAACCGAACGGAUGAUCCAUUUCGAGAAAUUCAGUCAACUCCUGAUGUUUUGUCAUGCAAAACUAAAGUCAACGAGUUGGAAGUUCAAAUAGAUUAUUUGAAGGAUGUUGUCCAACGAUUGAGUGACGAGCUUGCACGAUAUCAAGUUAAAUAUCCACCAAUUGCACCAGAACAUUCCGAUUCAAUCAUUGUUGCACCAUGGUUUUUCGAUUCUCAACAUAUGAAUCCUCUCCUUGUUUCGUAUGAUCAUCGAAUAAUGGAACUCUCGAAUGAAAUCAAACUUUACAAAGAAAAAAUUGAGUCUCUAAAUGCAGAGGUCAAAUCUGUGUCUUUGGAAAACGAAGAGCUCCAACAAAACCUGAAGAAUUUAAUAGAAAAACAAAUUUCAAAAAACAACGAACAAAGUUCGGUCAUUCCUUUUCACAUUCCCUCCGAAGAAUGGGAUGAAUUGCAACAACGAGUAGAGCUGCUAGACCGUGAAAAUAAAUUAUUGCUGGAGGAGCAACGAGAGCUUCAGAACGAAAUUGAUCGAUUGAGAAAUGAAAAUCGACGAUCCUUUUCCGAAUCUAAUCCUCUUGUUCCAGGAGACUCUGAUCGAGUGAAAUUAAUGUUAGAAAGUGCGAAAAAGAAGAUUUCACUUCUGCAAAAAGAAAAAGACGACUUAAAAAGAGAUACAAGACGAAUGAAACAACUUGAGCAUGAGAUGGCUGAUUUAGAAAGAGCUCUCAGUGCCAGUAAUCAAAGAUGUAAACUGUUAGACGAUGAAUUGGAGAAGCACAAAAGUAUUAUUGAUGAUCUUCAACAUGAACGAAAACGACUCUUUCAAACUGAGAAAACAAUGAAUAUUAAGGACAUUGAAAUGAAUGAACUUCGAGAACGAUACUCGCUCUCCCUUAGAGAAAUGGAUGACUUGAAAGAAGAAAAAGGUAAAUUACUAUUGGAGAUGAGCCAAAUGGAACAAAGAAUUGUCGCACAUCAACAAAACGAAUUUGAAGCUCUUCAAAAAGUGAAAGAGACCAUGGAGUUAUUAGAAACGACCAAACUUGAAAGAGAUUCUGUGAGAACAGCCGUAAAAAAUAAGGAACAAGAAAUUGAGAGAUUAGAAGAGAAAAUUAAAAAGUUGACACAAGACUACACGGACAGAUACAAGAGAAUGUCCUCACAUUUCCAAGAAAAACAUAAUGAAUCUCUCCAAGCUCUUGAGGAUCAAUUGAAACAAGUCCAACUUGAAAAUGGUCACUUGAAAUCGGAUUUGGAUCGAUUAAAGAGAGAAAAGAAAACUUGUGAGGAUGAACUUGUUAAGGUUAUUAAAGCAGCAGAAACCGAACAAUUGAAUUCUCCGUUUGUCAUUAAUGAUUUGAACCAACAAAUCACUCAACUAACUAACGAAAGAGAUGAAUCUGAGAGACAAUACGAAAGGUUGCGAAACUCUCAAAAACGAACUCAACAACAAUGGGAACAAGAAAGAGAACAACUCAAUGCCAAGUACAAUGAAAUGCAGAAAAGAUUUAUUUCUCUCGAAUCAGAAGCGGAGGAGCAACGACAAAUCAAUAUGAGGUUAAACGAACAUAUCAGUCGUCUGGAGCAGCAAUGCCAAAACCUUAAAUUUGAAAAAGAAGAAAUUGAAAGAUCCCUCAGAGAUAAUUUACGGUCGCAGCAAGAGCUUUCCUCAAAUGAAAUUCGAGAUGUAAAGAAAAAGUUACAGAUAACAAUUGAAGAAUACAAUAAGGCCCAAAACACGAUUCAGCAGCUUUCUCUUAAACAUCAAAAAGAACAUAUAUACUGGAAAGAAGAAUUCAGUAAAAUGAAGGAGAAAAAAGAAAAGGAAUUGUAUGACAUGACUUCAAUGGUGGAACAAUUAACACGACGAAAUCAAGAAAUGGAAGGUAAAAUCAAGUUACUGCUAAAGAAAGAAGAGGAGUUAUUGAACCACAAAAAAGAUUUGCAUAUCAGAGCAGAUAAGCUUACCAUUUAUCUUGAACGAAUGAAGCGAGAGAGAGACAUGUUAGCAAAGCAAAUUGAAGGUAGAGGAGUCUCCGAGAUUAGUUUUGGAUAUGAAUAA